AUGUCUGUAUUUGAAGUUAAUGAAGCUGUUAUGAAAGAAUAUCUACAACGGGUAUAUUCAUCAAUAUUAUCACAUCCGAAACUAGAAGAUCUUGGCACUGGAAUUCCCGAACUUUUAGUACAGCAAGCACAAUCUGUUGUAAUUAUGUACAAAGCAGUCGAUAAAGUGCAGAAGGAUAUUAAACGUUCACGUGAAGAUCAUCAGAAAUGCUUAGCUAAUGAUCAUUCUGUACUUUCACGAGUUGCUCCUUGGUUGCGCUCAAAAUUGCGUGCUGCUGAGGAGAGUAAAUUGAACAAAUCAGCUUGGUCGGCACACGAAGAAUCUCUAAAAAUGUGCACAAAACACAACCUACAUCAAACUGCCUAUUUUCUUAGUCGUGAUUUAGCUUUUAUGAAAGAACGUGAACCUGUACUAUUAAAGGAACUACAAAAUGCCAAAGCACCAACACGAAGUUUUCAAUGGGCAUGUCGUAUAUGGUCACCUAAUUCGUGGAUAAUACGACGUAAUUUUCAAGGGCAAUCCGAUGUAAUACCUACGGUAAUCAGUCAACAGGCUACGUCAAUUGUAACACCACGUUCAGAUCCCAGUCAACCGGUAUUUUUAGUCGAAAAAGAAAUUAUACGCACCACAAGCACACGUUGGCCAUUUUGGCGUUUGUUGAAUCUGAUGCAGCGAACUUGGUGUUGGACAUGGAAUAUGAUGUUUUUGCUCGGCAUACUUGUGCCCUGGUGUAGCCCUUUGGGUUUACGUGCACUCUUUUGUAUAAAGCCAUUUAUGCCUGAUUUGGAAUUAUCACAAAUUAACGGCACAUUAUUUCCUAGAAAAACUAGCAUAACGCAGACAAUGGCCUCACGUCUAAUAGAACUAUGGCGGCACAUAUCGAAGUCACGUACACAUUUCGAAACGGAACCGGAUACUGGCUUUAUUGGCAAAGGUUUAACGCGCAAUUUAAAUCGUGCUUGGAACUAUUUUGUAAAGGGUUUUCUUGGCACGAUAAUUAUUCUUUUUGCAUUUCCACUUAUAUGUUUGGCAACCAGUUCACUGAGUAUUUCAUUGGCUUUGACGGCACCGCUUUGGAUACCUAUAUUUACUCUUCUAUUGCAUAUAUAUAUGAUUUUGGUUUAUGACCUAGAUUGUCCGGAUAAUUCGCGAAAUCGAUAUUGUAUACUCUUAGAGGCUGUUAUAUGGAACAUGAUAAUACAAGGUCUACUACAACCAAUAGCCGCAGUAUUAGUUGCUACCAUAUUCUGGUCAUUAGCUUCAGGUCUAAUUUUAAUUGUUGGAGUUGCGCGUUAUUCCUUACGAUUGCUUUGGGACUCUCUAACUUUUCAUUUAUUUAUCAAAAAAUGUGGUCGUAUACCAGCUUCGGAUAGUAUUGCUGUCAAACGCAUAGCGGGUCCAGGGUUAGCACUUGAUUAUUAUUUUAUUAUUAGACCAGAACAAGCCUUAGCUGCCUUUGAGGCAAAAAUGGAAUUGGAUGAGUUACAAGCUUAUCAGCAUGCCAUGGAACGUAUUAUACUACAACCUCAAAAGGAUUUUAGUCAAUUUGUAGAGGCUUGCUUUGGUCCAUUUUCAGCACAGUUAUCUAAAGCUGGACCCUAUAUGGCAUUGGAUCGUGAAGCGCAUGAUUUAAUGAGUACACUACAUGAAAAAUUAGAGAAACGUAGGCGCGAACUGCAGACUUCUCUGACGACACAAGUAAAAACACGCAUUAAACUAAACACCAAGGAGUUAAAAAUUGCAAUACAACUAGCCGCCCAUAUAUUAGAAAAAUGUUAUCCGUCACACGUGAUUGCUAGAUUAUCUAUUAAUGAAGAAGAUUUUUGGGAUAAUAAGGGUCUUAGUGUAAAUGAUUGGCCUGGUUUGGCUGGUCUUAUAUAUACCGAAGUUUUUAGCUUAGAUUUUUUAACGCCUUUGACUGAAAACGAUACGCAUUUCAAAUUAGAACCACAUCCCUCGCUUGAUCUUACACGUUACACAGAGAUGGUACAAAAUGCUACAGAAGUUAUAGGUUCAAAAGGGUUAGAUUUAUUGGGUAAUGUUUAUGCGCCUCGCGGUAACGUGCAAGUACAUUUACCAUUUUUAGAAGUAACAGCAUUCAAUCCACGUUCUAGAAUAACACUGACUUUUAGAAAGCCAGAGAAGAGAGAUAUGUCUGUUGGUCUAACAACACCACGUGUACGUGCCCAUCGUGCUCAGCACACAAAAACACCAGAACCACAAAAACCAUGGCGUCCAUGGAAGAAAAAAAUAGAUGAAAAAAGUAUAACUGAAAAAUUAUUAAUACCAUUGCCAGUACCGCACCCAGUGCAUAUCGCCAUUGCUAUACAUAAUCGGGAUAGUGAGAAUCCAAUACCACUUGAUUCGGAAUUAGUAUGGGAGAUAUUAAAAUCAAUUGAGGAUUGUCAAAACGGUGAUUUUAUGGCUGUGCAAUCUGUGGCGCGUUACCGAGGCGCCAUAACAGAGUCGAGUAACGACUCAUUAGCUUCAAGCAGUAGCAUUGGGAGUACACGAGAUUCUGCUGGUUCAGCUUCUGGUUCUGCAGUUGGCAAUGGUACUGAAACUUUACCCUGUGUGAAUCGGGAGGUCUGCACUCAAGUCAAAGUAGCUGAUGAGCCAAUGCAACCGUCGUCUGGCUUCCAUUGGACACUUAGUAACUGGGGAGCUGCGCAAACUGCUCGUCGGCGCACUAAUUCCAAUGUGCGAGUGGAUCUAGCCAGUCCCGAAGAUAUAUCUUUAGAUACGGAUAGUUCACGUGCUGUGUUCAAUGCAUACGGUACAACGGUUUAAUAUUAACAGUUUAUUAGUUAGUGUAUCUAACCAAAAGCUAUUUUCAAUUUCAUGCAUAAUUUUAACGAAAAAAAAAAAAUUUAAAUUAUUUUUUUUUAAUUUUGAAUUUAUACAUUUUUAAAAAGUUACAAAAUAUGUUGAAACAAAUCAAAUUCAUUAGGAGUUUAGCAAUAUAAUGGUUUUUAAACAAGUUUAGAUUUAAAAU